AUGGAGGAGCCGAGCAAGUUGCGACAGCCGAAGAAGCGGUUUGUUGGACGGCGAACGGCGGAGCCGACAAGUUCGAGCCAGGACGUGGAGUCGACAACGGUGCAGAGGGAUGCUGACGAGAUAGCGACUCGACGCACACCGCGGACGCUGAAUCAAGUACCGGCUGAUAUCCUCGAGGACCCGGAGAUCCAAGCCGCCAUUGGGUUGCUGCCGAAAAACUACUCGUUCGAGAUCCCCAAGACGAUCCAUCGGAUCCGGAGCAGCGGUGCCAAACGGGUGGCGCUGCAGUUCCCCGAGGGACUGCUGCUCUUCGCGACGACCAUCUCGGAUAUUUUAACCCAGUUCUGCGACGGCAUCGAGACGCUCAUCAUGGGGGACGUGACGUACGGAGCAUGCUGCAUCGACGACUACACUGCGCGGGCCCUGGGCUGCGACCUGCUAGUCCACUACGCGCACAGCUGCCUGAUCCCCGUCGACGUGACCACCAUCAAGACGCUGUACGUCUUCGUCGACAUCUCCAUCGACACGGCGCAUCUGCUGGCAACGCUCGAGCGCAAUUUCCCCGCCGGCAAGACCAUCGCCACCGUGGGCACCAUCCAGUUCAACGCCACCCUGCACGGCUUGCGGCCCGUCCUCGAGCGCGCCGGCUUCAAAGUCAUCAUCCCGCAGAUCACCCCGUUAUCCAAGGGCGAGAUCCUGGGCUGUACGUCCCCCACGCUCGCCAAGGAUGGAGCCGACGCCGUCGACAUCCUGCUUUACCUAGGUGACGGGCGCUUCCACCUCGAAUCCGCCAUGAUCCAUAACCCGACCAUCCCGGCCUACCGGUACGACCCUUACUCGCGCACCCUCUCGCGCGAGACCUACUCGCACGAAGAGAUGCACUCGCUCCGCCGCGACGCCAUCACCACCGCCCGCUCCGCCCGCAAGUGGGGGAUCAUCCUCGGCGCGCUCGGACGGCAGGGUAACCCGCACACCAUGUCGAUGAUCGAGGCCCAUUUGACAGAGCGGGGCAUCCCCUUCGUCAACCUGCUCCUCAGCGAGAUCUUUCCGGGGAAGCUCGCCGCCAUGGCCGAUGUCGAGUGCUGGGUCCAGAUUGCUUGUCCGCGCCUGAGUAUCGAUUGGGGGUAUGCGUUUCCCCGCCCGCUGCUGACCCCCUACGAGGCCCUCGUGGCGCUUGACGUGCGCAAGGGCUGGGAGGAGGAGAAUGACGGCGUGUACCCGAUGGACUUUUAUGCCAAGGGUGGUUUAGGGAGGACGAAGCCGUUGACUGCAUAG